CAUCUAAGCAAAGAAAUGAAGUCUAUCUCUGCCAUGCUUGUAGUCUUCUCUAUUCUCUUGGUUGUAAACCUCAGCUAUGCAAGAAAGGACAUGGGAGAAUAUUGGAAGAAUGUUAUGAAUGAUCAGCCUAUGCCUGAAGUGGUUAAAGACCUUAUUGAAGAUCCUCAAGUAUCAGAUGCAGGAAAGGAUCAUUUUAUCAGGGACUUUGAUAUAAAGCCUAAUAAUGCCACAAUAUUUCACACACAUGUGGUGCCAACAAGCAGGAGCAGAAGGCAUUUGACUAGAAAUUUGAAUUAG